AUGGCUGAAGCACAGGUAGGGACCCACAGAUACUCCCCCCCUCUCAUUUUGUUCCAGCAGUGGUGGCUGGUGCCCCCUGGGACAGGUAGUGCAGGAGGCAGGGAGCUGAAGAAGAGGUGGUUACACAGAGCCAAAUGACAGGCAGAGCCAACUAAUCUAGGUUUAUCCCUGUCCUCCUCCUCCCUGAUAUGAAGGCAAAACUGAGAGGGAGGAGGAGGAACAAGCAGUGCACCCCCUGGCCUCAUUUUUAAGAAGGCAAGCAGGCAGGGAGCAGCAGGUUGAGGACAAACUGAGGUAGAUGGGGCAGUCCUUUCAUUACCCUAAUCAUGGACCAGCCUUCCCUGCUUUCUCGGUGUGGCAAUCACACAGGGUCCCCGGACGUUUCACUGUCUAUUGAUCCCUGUGCCACCACUUUAUUUCUCGCUGCCACCACCCAGGCCCUACCUGGUACAAUACAGAGUCCAGUCAGGGUUAAAUUGGAACAUAAACUUCUGUUUAUUUAUUGUAGUUUGACAAGCCUGUGGUUUCAUAAACGGUAUCGGUCAAUUACAAUCAUGGGGUGCCUAUCCAGACCUAUAACUUCCGCUACCUGCUCUCACUCACUAAACCACCUCUCAGAUAUUUACUUGUCUUCCUAGCCCCUAACUGUUCCUGACUCAGUUUAUUUUGCUACACUAACUCAACCUACCCACAGACUCUAUCCCAAUUCACUCCCACUCCAACCAACCUCCCAACGAACUCCCCUUCGCCCCUCACAGAGCUGGUUUUAUAGUCCCUCUGACUCCACCCCCCUGGGUUCUGAUUGGGUAAUUUGUUUAACUAUUUCACCUCCAGCACUCUCAUAUGUUAACGUCACACUCGGAGUAUACCAGAAAUUGUAAUUUAUUAAAAUUGUCUGAUGGGUCAUCCGACAAAUCUAGCAGAGCUCUUCUUACAUUCUCAUGACACAGCAUAUGAGGAAAAAGGACUGGGAGGGAGGAGGGGAAACCAAGCUCCGCUGAAACAUCUUUCACUCGCCAAAAACCGUGCUCAGAAAUGAGAACUCAAGUCUUUCCCCAGUGGACUAGCUAGUUGAGGCUAUUUUAAUCAAGAGAGGUUUUAAUGUUUCAAAAUGUGCCCCCUUUCACCCCUUUUGUUACAGGAUCAUCCGGUUUGCCCGACAAAAGAGGGAGACAUCAAAACUGAGGAUCAGCAGAGUAGUGAAGACCUGCCGGUAGGCAUCCUUAAUCCACUCACUUAAGUAAAACAAUGGAAGGAACUUGAGGAGAGCCAGGGAGAGCCAGUGUGGUGUAGUGGUUAAGAGCGAUAGACUCGUAAUCUGGUGAACUGGGUUCGCGUCUCCGCUCCUCCAUAUGCAGCUGCUGGGUGACCUUGGGCUAGUCACACUUCUCUGAAGUCUCUCAGCCCCACUCACCUCACAGAGUGUUUGUUGUGGGGGAGGAAGGGAAAGGAGAAUGUGAGUCGCUUUGAGACUCCUUUGGGUAGUGAUAAAGCGGGAUAUUAAAUCCAAACUCUUUCUCUUUCUUUCUUCACCCAGUGCAUCAUUAAUGCAUGGAACUACCCGCCACAUGGUGUCCUGACGGCCACAGGCUUGAGUGGAUUUAAGAGUGGAUAACACCCGUUCACAGGGACAUAGGAAGCUGCCAUAUAACAAGUCAAACCAAACUGGUCUUGCUAGCUCAGUAUUUUCUACACUGAAUGGGAGCAGCUGACCAGGGCUUCAGGCAAUAAUUUUUUACUAGCCAUGCCUGGAGAUCCUGGGGGUUAAACCUGGAACAUUCUAUAGGUUGUCUGAGUCUUUUUAGAGGGGCAAUGUGGGAUACCAGUUAAACAAACAAAAAAUGUGAAGUAAGAAUUCUACAUCCUGAGAAUCUCAGCUUCUUUCUUUUUAUUUGUGAUGUAAAAUACACACUGCUAGCACUGCUGUCAAGAUACGACUGAGAAGGCAUGGGCAGAGACCACGUGAGCAGGCAGUUCUUCUUCCUCUCUCAUAAUACUAGAACCCAGGACCAUUCAAAAAGAACAUUGGGAGAUGCAGGGCAGACAAACCAAAGGGUUUCUUCACACAGUUGAACUAUGGCAGUUGCUCCCACCAGAGGCAGUGAAGGCUACCAAUUGAGAUGGCUACCAAUUGAGAAGAGGAUUAGCAUCUUUAAGAGAGGCUCAGACAAAUUUAUGAAAGAUAAGGCUACCAAUGGUUACUAGCUAUGAUGGCUGUUCUCUACCUUCACUUCUGAGGCAAUAUUUGUUAAGGAUAACGGUUUAAUUGCCUGAAAUGGGAAUGUUUGCUUCUGUUGAAUUGGUGUGUAUUUUUAGCAUGGGCUCUUUUUUCCUUUGUAGCUCUCUCAUGUGAUUGGCUGACUGUGAGUCACAUGAGAGAGGCAUUCCAUUCUGUUGUGACUGUUAUUCAAGUAACUGUCGUUUUUAACUGGCUUUCUGCUUCUGUGUGUGAAGGGGAAUGGCUGCUGAGAGAGGUUUCUCAGGAUCUGCUAAGGACAGUGUGUGUUAGUGUCAUCUUUCUGAAGUGAAUCGGACAGAGGAGAUUUCCUAAAUGUUAAUAGGGAGAAACCUGAGCAUGAUAUUGUAAAUAUAUGUUUAUGAUAGUAAAGGGUUAUUUGCUGUUAUGCUCAGGUGCUGCUUAGAGGCCUCUUGACUGAGGCAUCUUGUUGGCCACUGUGAGAACAGGAUGGUGGACUAGAUGGGCCAUUGGCCUGAUCCAGCAGGAUUAUUUUUAUGGCAGUCCCUAGUCAUAGCUCAUAGAGCUAUGGAUUCUCUGAUCUAUGGGAUUUUCUCCCAGGCUCACCGCCCACUUCUUAAAUCUUGCCUUCUGACAGAGAGAAAUAGAAGCUGAGAGGCUUAAGAUUGUCCAGGAGUGGAAGGAGAUGCACCAGAUUCUCGAUGAGCAGCAGCAGCUCCUGCUGAGGUGGCUACAUAACAUGGAAGGUGACGUUCUCCGCAGAAAGAAGGAGGUUGUCCGAAUCACCAGGGAGACUUCCCUCCUCGGUGAACUGGAAAAGGAGAAGAAGGCACAGCAGUCAUUACUGGUAGGAAGAGUGGCAUCUUGGAAAGUCAGUGGCAAACUGGGAAUCUGUGGGCUUCUGACUGUUGCUGGAGUACAACUCCCAUCAUGCCACCUGGGGCUGAUGGGAGCUAAAACUUAAUUAAAUUAAUUACAGUGGUACCUUGGGUUACAGACACUUCAGGUUACAGACUCCGCUAACCCAGAAAUAGUGCCUCGGGUUAAGAACUUUGCUUCAGGGUGAAAACAGAAAUUGUGCAGCGGCGGCAGGAGGCCCCAUUAGCUAAAGUGGUGCUUCAGGUUAAGAACAGUUUCAUGUUAGGAACAGACCUCCAGAACGAUUUAAGUUCUUAACCCGAGGUACCACUGUAAAUGUAUUUUCACUGAUUAAUCAGUUACUUGAUUGCUUAAAAAGUGCAGAUGAAAAUGGUUCUGAAGAAAAAAUAAAUUUGUUUUCCUUGUAGCUUUUAGUAUAAUAAAAAUGUUACCUUGCCCAACAAUGCUCCUAUUAUUGAUUAAAAGGAUUUUUCAUUGAUUAUAGCAGGGGUGGGGAAAUGUGUUCAGAUCCUGACCUCCCCUAAGGGGCCAUUUCUGACGAGUGGACAUAGUUAUCAUGACAUCAGAUGAAGCAUUUUCUUUUGCCCGUACCGUUUGUAACCAAACCACCUGGCAAAGUUGAAGGUCAGCUGUGUCCUUACUUGCCCCACACCUGGUGUCAUAUGGGGUAGGUGGGUGUGGCUUGAAUAAAACAGCCUCGGGGGCCAAAUUAGGACCUCUUCAACUGACAAUUGAAUCUGCCAUGAACAUUUGGGCUGUAAUAUGCUUAUUAUUAUUAUUAUUAUUAUUAUUAUUAUUAUUUCUAAUUGUUCUAGGCUGCAUACCCUCUACAUUUUAAAAGCACAUUUCCCCUCUCAAUGAUUUCUGGCGCUGUAAGUUAACCCUGCACAGAGUUACAAUUACCAGGUACACUUAACAAACUACAGUGUCUAUUAUUCUUUGAAAAAUUAGCUUCAAAUGGCCCUGCCUGUCUUGCACAACACAGCAAGAAUAUUUUCUGGCAACUCCAUAAACUGUUCUUUUCAUCUUUUCUUUAUUGCAGGGUUUACACAGCACUGGCCGCAGGUGAGCUCUGAAUUCAAUUUUACUAGCUCCUCCUAUUGGGCAGCAAUCUUCUCUGAACUAUGAGGUGCUGGGAUCAGCGGGUGGGGGAAGGAAUUUGAGGGAGAGCCCACACACAGUUUCUUAAAAUGUCCUUGUACCAGGAGCAGCCAACAUUUUGUCCUCCAAAUACUGUUGAACUCCAGCUGCCAUCAUCCCUGGACAACAACAUAUUCUUAGCCAUCCCUGUCCUGGGUCCUGCACUAUAAAUUGAAAGCAAUAUCAUGUCACUUAAGACAGUCAUGGCUCCCCUUCCCACAAAGAUUCCUAUGAAUUCUAGAAGGUUCUAUCCUUAUGUCAGGGUGUUGGACUGGACGGGCUCUUUGGCCUGAUCCAAGAGUUCAUGGAUGUUUCGCCUCCUCCUCCUCCAACAGAGACACAUUCUCUCUCUCUCUCUCUCUCUCUCUCUUUCUUUCUUUGCAGAGACAAUACAUUCUUCCCGAAACCACAGCCAGAUUUGGGGGAGCUGCAGCAGAGGUUGAGCGAUUUCUCCCACAAAAGGGCUGCUUUGCUGGAAACACUGCUGGCAUUCAAAGGUGAAGAAGGAUUUUUAUUUGCUAGGAUCUUUCGAAAAGCCACAAUGACAUACAGUGGUACCUCGGGUUAAGUACUUAAUUCGUUCUGGAGGUCCGUUCUUAACCUGAAACUGUUCUUAACCUGAAGCACCACUUUAGCUAAUGGGGCCUCCUGCUGCUGCCGUGCGUCCGGAGCCCAAUUUCUGUUCUCAUCCUGAAGCAAAGUUCUUAACCCGAGGCACUAUUUCUGGGUUUGCGGAGUCUGUAACCUGAAGCGUAUGUAACCUGAAGCGUAUGUAACCCGAGGUACCACUGUAUAGUUGAAGUGAAAACAAAAAAUGCACAGUUGUGUCUAACGUUAAUCCUAUGCAAAGUGGACCUAUUGGAAUUAAUGCAGAGGACUAUGGCCUCUUCUGCAAUUAAAUAUACAGUCAAACCUCGGUUGUCAAAUGUAAUCUGUUCUAGAAGCCCGUUCGGCUUCUGAAAUAUUCCAACAACCAAGGUGCGGCUUCCGAUUGGUUGCAAGAGCUUCCUGCACUCAAACAGAAGCCGCCCUGGAUGUUUGGCUUCUGAAAAACAUUCGAAAACCGGAGCAUUUACUUCGGGUUUUUGGUGUUCAGGAGCCAAAACAUUCCAAAACAGAGCCGUUUGGGAACAAAGGUUUGACUGUACAAAGUAGUAGCAUACUGUUUUAAAUGAGAAUGGCUUCCCUCAAAUAAUUCUGGGAAGUGUAGUUUGUUAAGGGUUCUGAGAGUUGCUGGGGUACCCCAUUCUCCUCAGAGUUCCUGCAAAGAGGGAUUGUUAAGCCACGCUGAGGACUCUUGUCUACUGUUUGUCUGUGACAUCGGUGUCACCAUGCCGCAGACGUAUGGAGAGGCAAGGCUUCUCCAUAAGUCUUUUAAAAUUGUGCAUGCAUGAUGAUUUGGGCUCAUGAUGACAUUGGGGAGGUUAUACUUGCUUUCAAUACUGUUUCAGCCUGCAAACGUUUUAGGGCGGACCUACUGAGAAGUUUCCAGUCAGCAUGUUCCCCAACUUCCUGCUGGAAUCCUGUAACUUUUUACACCACACAUGUUCCAGUUUAUUUAUUUGACCUGCUUUUGUGGUGCUGUAAACCCAGGAGGGUCGCUCCAGAUGAUAAUAUUGUGGUAAUGUUGGGAAAGCAUCACAGGGCUACAAGUAAAGGAGAAUGACCUCUGGUUGGUCCAGUAUGAAUACAGCAUGAAUCGGCUAAUUAGUGUUUUAAUUGCCAGAAAGUCCGCCAGCAGUUGGAAGGGGCCCUGAGAGAGAAAGAGAAAAAAGACAAAAUUGUGAAGGAUGUUAAUUUUUUUUCUUUCUUUCUGCAGGAUAUCUGCAUCUGGAGUUGAAGAGUAAUGGAGGUACAUACACACUUUAACUUUAAAAGUAAAAUAAAAUUACAUACUAGAGACCAACACGUUUUGCUGCCUGAAUGAAGGAUGAUAAUAUAUAAGUAUUCUUAUAGCUCAACAUUUCUAACCUUGCAAGGUUUAAAUUUCUUUUUAUAUUAUUAUUAUUAUUAUUAUUAUUAUUACUACAGUAUUAUUAUUAUUAUGACAAAGUAAUAAUCAUAAAUAAACAAGAAUAAAAAUGUGCACCCCACCACUGAGACCAUUCCACUGUAACUAUCCAAACUCCCAAAAUUUCAACAACUCUCGCCAUGGUUUGACCCCUUUCUGUUUUAACAGUACAAAUUCUACAAACACCUUCCAUAUCUCCUCACAAUCAUUUCUCCUGCAUAUUCCCUGUCUUACCUUAAUGGCACAUGCUAAUUUAUCGUUAAUAGCUAUAUCCUACACCUCUUUAUGCCAUUCUUCCAUUUUAUAUUCUGCUUGCCCCUUCCACUUCCUAGUUAUAAUAAUUUGUGCGACUGUCAAUAAAUUUGUGAGCAAGUCCUUCAUAGCCUGCAAACCUUCCAUCCCAUCGUAAAUGUUUAAUAAUGCUACCUCUGGACUUUUGGUCGGCUUUAACCCAGUGAUUUCUGUUAUCUCCUUAAACACCCUUUGCCAAAAAAAUUGUUCUUAUUUACACCCCCACCACAUGUGAAUAUAAUUCCUGGUUUCCUGGCAUCCCCUCCAACAUAACACCGAAUAUUCAUUGUUUAUUUGAUUUAAUCUGACUGGUGUUAAAUACCAUCUCCAAACUAAUUUAUAAUAAUUUUCUUUUAUUCUUAAAUAAAUUUCAUGAAGAUAGGAACACAGGAAACUGCUUUAUCCUGACUCAAAACCAUUGGCCCAUCUGGCUCAGUACAGUGGUACCUUGGGUUAAGAACUUAAUUCGUUCUGGAGGUCCGUUCUUAACCUGAAACUGUUCUUAACCUGAGGUACCACUUUAGCUAAUGGGGCCUCCCGCUGCUGCCGUGUGAUUUCUGUUCUCAUCCUUAAGCAAAGUUCUUAACCCGAGGUACUAUUUCUGGGUUAGCGGAGUCUGUAACCUGAAGCGUCUGUAACCCGAGGUACCACUGUAUUGUUUACUUUGACUGGCAGUGGCUUACAUGGGUUUCAGAGAGAGAGUCCCUGCCUGAAGCUGGGACCUUAUAUGCAAAGCAGAUGCUCUGCUACUUAGCUAAAACCCCUUCCCACAAUGAUUGAAAUCAUAGAAUUUAUCAGAUUUUGCUGCAUUCAUAGAACAGUAUCCAACUUGCUUAUUUCUAGCAGGAGACGGCCAGGUGAGCAACAUGGAGGAUGAGAAACCUCUGAUGGAUCAUACUGAGCAACAGGAACAGAACGAUAGGACAACGGAAGGAGCAGCGGAGGAAAGGUCUCUGUGCCCUGAACCGAAGGCCACUUCUGAGGAUGAAGAUGGCUCAAAAAGAGAGCAGAGGAAGUGUCUGGACAAAGGGGAGGAGGACAAAUCUAUUCCCUGCAAAGGAAACGACUGUGACCUUGAUGGGCACAAAGUUCUGCCAAGGACUCAACAGAUCAAGAAGCAAAGGAUGUGUGCCGAGUGCGGGAAAUGCUUCAGUCAGAAGUCAAACCUUAUUACACAUCAGAGAAUCCACACCGGUGAGAAGCCGUACGAGUGUGCAGACUGCGGAAAGAGCUUCUGCCAGAGAUCAGGACUCAUUUCGCACCAGAGAACCCACACGGGCGAAAGGCCACACAAAUGCUUGCACUGCGAGAAAAGCUUCCGCUUCCACUCCAACCUCAUCAUGCACGAGAGGACCCACACGGAGGAGAAGCCGUACAAGUGCUCGCAUUGCGGGAAGCGCUUCAACCAGCGGUCGAACCUCGUCAGUCACAAAGGGACCCACCGGCAAGAGAAGCCGUGCAAGUGUUCCGAGUGCGGGAAAAGCUUCCGCCGGAGCUCAGAGCUCACAGUCCACAAGAUGACCCACACGGGGGAAAAGCCAUACAAGUGCCUCCAAUGCGGGAAAGGGUUCAGGAGGAGGGCGGACCUCAUUGUGCAUGAGAGGACCCACACGGGAGAGAAGCCGUACGGCUGCCCCGAUUGCGGGAAAAGCUUCAGCCAGAGGUCGGGCUUAAUUGCGCACGAGCGGACGCACACAGCAGAGAAGCUGCACGAGUGUGUGGUGUGCGACAAGGGCUUCAGCUACACCGCACACCUUGCCAUGCAUGAGAAGCCAGACCUCACCACACAUCGCACGGGCGAGAAGCCGUACGAAUGUGCAGACUGCGGGAAGAGCUUCUGCCAGAGAUCGAAACUCGCCGUCCACCAGAGAACCCACGUGCGUGAGAAGCCGUACAAAUGCUCUCACUGCGAGAAGAGCUUCGGCUUCCGGUCCUACCUCAUCGCACACGAGAGAAUCCACACAGGGGAAAAGCCGUUCAAAUGCUCGCGUUGUGGGAAGGGCUUCAGUCAGCGGUCGGCCCUCAAAGGUCAUGAAGGGACUCACCAGGAAGAGAAGCCGUACAAGUGCUCCGAGUGUGGGAAAAGCUUCUGCCGGAGCUCAGAGCUCCUCGUCCACCUGAUGACCCACACGGGGGAGAAGCCAUACAAGUGCCCUCAGUGCGGGAAGCGCUUCAGAAGGAAGCCGGAGCUCAUCAUCCACGAGAGGAUCCACACGGGCGAGAAGCCGUACAAGUGCGCAGACUGCGGGAAAAGCUUCAGCCAGAUGUCGGGCCUCCUCAGUCACGGACGUACCCACCGAGAAGAGAAGCCGUACAAGUGCGCAGACUGUGGGAAGGGUUUCAGGAGGAAGCCGGACCUCAUCGUGCACGAGAGGACCCACACGGGGGAAAAACCGUACAAGUGCGCGGAGUGUGGGAAGGGGUUCAGGAGGAGGACGGAUCUCAUCGUGCACGAGAGGACCCACACUGGGGAAAAACCGUACAAGUGCCCUCACUGCGAGAAAAGCUUCAGGCAGAAGCCAGGCCUGAACGUGCACCAGAGGACCCACACAGAGGAAAAGUCGUAG